AUAUUUAAGCAGUUAGCAACUCUGGUCUGGUGGACACGUAAAAAAUCAGUUAUUUGCAGUUAUUUGACGUAAACAUGGAUGGUCAACCAUUGGAACCUACGUUGUAUACAGUGAAAGGAAUGGCCAUCCUUGACAAUGAUGGCAACAGGAUACUGGCAAAAUACUAUGAUAAAAAUGUGUUUCCAACAUCAAAAGAGCAAAAAACUUUCGAGAAAAAUCUAUUUAGUAAAACACACCGAGCAAAUGCAGAGAUCAUCAUGUUGGAUGGUUUGACUUGUGUCUACAGAAGUAGCGUUGAUUUAUUUUUCUAUGUUAUGGGCAGCUCACAUGAAAACGAAUUGAUCUUAAUGAGUGUCCUAAACUGCCUGUACGACUCAGUUACUUCGAUCCUCAGAAGGAAUGUGGAGAAGAGAACGGUACUGGAUAGCUUGGACAUAGUAAUGCUAGCGAUGGAUGAAAUUUGCGAUGGCGGUAUAAUUUUGGAUGCGGAUGCAACAAGUGUGGUGCAGAGGGUAGCACUGCGAACGGAUGACAUUCCACUUGGAGAACAAACAGUAGCGCAGGUAUUGCAAUCAGCUAAAGAACAGCUUAAAUGGUCAUUAUUAAAAUAAACACUUUAUAUAUUAUUCUUUCUUGUAAACAGGUACGCAAUAUAUAUC